AACUCAGCAUUAUAAAGAGCUAGCCACCUUUUAUUUGUGUUCCAAAAUCCAAACUUAACUUGGUAUCUUAAUUUAUAGGAUACUUGGACAGUUGAUUACUUUGGAAGUUUUUGUGAGAGAUCAAGAAGAUGAAUCCGCCACCAUCAUCGGCCAUGCCACCGCCAUCGACUGCCGUGGUGUGGCGGUCCGUGGGGCUGACAUUGAGAGUGGUGACAGUGAUAAGCUUGCUCGUGUCGCUCAUCAUCAUCUCCACCAACACCGCCACCUUGUCUUCGAAUUUUAGCCGGAUCGAGAUCCGUUUUCAGGAUGUGAAAGCUUAUAGGUACGUGCUGGCAACAAUAGUGAUCGGACUUGUCUACAGUCUCCUCCAAACUGCAUUCACAAUCUACCACGUGACUACCGGAAAUCGCAUCGCCGGAGAUGCCCUUUAUAUUUUCGACUUCUACGGUGACAAGUUGAUAUCGUAUUUGCUAGCAACCGGCACCGGAGCAGGAUUCGGAGUUACCGUGGAUUUAAAAGAUGCGAAUUCCGGGACAAAUACGGGGAUCGACAAAUUUUUCAACAAGGCGAAUGCGGCAUCGAGCAUUCUUCUUCUCGCCUUCAUCUUUACGGCAAUAUCAUCCGUUUUGUCAUCUUUAGCGCUGCCAAAAAAGGCUUGAGCAUGGUGUAAAAUUAUUAAUGUUUUGUGAGUAGAGCUGUGAAAUUUAAUUUAAUGUAUUUAUUUAUGUAUUGGGAUGAAAUUUGUUAGGCGAGUUAUGUUCAUCUGCGUGCAAAAUAGAUAAAGGUGUGCAAGUAAGCGUCCAAUCGCAUAGGCCUUGUUGUUUACGAUAAGGACCUUGAGUAUUACUGUACAAGUGAGUCAUACAGGUGUAUUAUAAGCUGCUAUAUUUUGUUUUAAUGGAGUCGCUAGCAAAAUUGUGUAGCUGGUUUUCUUUAUUA